AUGGACUUUAACAUUGCAUUCGUAUCACUGAUCCUACUGAUAAACAUUCAAGGUUUUCUAACCUCAACAUACAAAUUACCAGUUAAGGGUAAAUAUGAAAACAUUUGUGCAGUGAGGGAGGACAAUGUGAUACUGAAGUGCUCUUACUCAAACAUCAACAUCAAAACUGGAUUCUGGUUCAGCCAGAAACAGAGAACAAACUGGAGAAACAAAGAUGAACCUGAAGAUUUGACUUUAGAUUCAGAUUACUCAGGACGAGUGAAACAGCAGAUCAAAAACUUCAGUUCAUAUCUCAGAAUAUCAGAUCUGAGAGAGAGCGACAGUGGAGAAUAUCAGCUCAUGUUCUUUACGAAAGAUGGAGUUAAAUAUCUCAGCUCAGUCACAGUCAAUCUAACAGUCACAGUCCUGCAGGUGAGGAAACACCAGAACAACCUUACCUGUGAUACCUCCUGCCCUUUAACCUCAAAACCUCAACAUAUCUACUGGAAAAAAGAUGGACAAUAUAUAGUAGGAAGUGAAUCUAAACUGGUUUCUAUGCCAUCUGCUGCCUACUCCUGUUUUAUCAGUCCAGACCUUAAAAUCUCUUCUGACCCUUUGUAUACAGUAGAGAAAACAUACUGGCAUUUACCAAUCAAUAAUCAUUUAAAAUAUCAAGAUCUGCAUGAUGUUCAUCAGUUUGCUGGUCGUGUGGAGUAUAUGAACAAUACACUGAGAAUAAAAGAUGUCAACAUGAGUGACUCUGGUGAAUAUCAAUUCAGGAUCAUCACUAACACAAACUCUUACUCUGGUUUACCUGGAGUCAUUCUCACUGUUACAGAUACACAGGUGAUAAGCAGUCCAGUCACUGUGUCAGAGAGAGGGAAAGUGAUAUUGAGUUGUUCAACCAAAUGCACUCUGGAUAACAACAUGAAAUACUCGUGGUACAAGAACGGGCGUCUGGUAACAGAUGGAGUCAAACUAUAUAACAAACUGUACCUGGACUCAGUUAACAGUGAGGAGAUACAAGAGUAUUCAUGUGCUGUAAGAGAUGAAUCAGUGGACAUCUCAGCAUCUGAGCAUUUUUACAUCUUUCUGAUUGUGUUUGUGGUUCAAAUAUUCAUUAUAGCAGCCAUCUGGGUGUGGUGAGUAAAAUAAUAAUAGUGAAAAGUUCAUAAUUU